GCCCCCGGGGGGAGCUUCCUGCUCUGUGAGCCGCUCUGGGAUCGAUUGGUCUGCUCUGGAGCCCACGGAGCUUCCCUAUUGGCUGGCUCUGCCGCGGCUUCCUGCUUCCAAACGCGCGUGAGGCUGCGGAACAUGACGGCCCAGGUGGUGGUCACGGUCCGGCUGGUCCGGUCCUUCCAGCACCGGAACUUCAGGCCGGUGGUUCUGCGCGGAGUCCAGCUGGACCAGAAAGUCCAGGACUUCAUGCGCCUGGUCCGGGACGACAUAGCUGCCAGGGCGGACCUCCCUCCCCCGUUCAGGAGCGUUGCUUAUGACACAAUGAAGAUCAUCCACCAGGCCCACGGAGCAAAGACUAACGAGCUGGUGAUGAGUUUAGAAGAUGACGAGGAGCUCAUCCUUCAGGCUGACCUGACCCUCAGAGAGGCCGGCAUCGCUAAUGAAACCGAGGUGGCCUUCUUCAGGAGGGAGGAUUAUGAUCUGUACAAAGCUGACCCCCAAAUGGCCUGGUGAGCCCAGAGGGCCGGCUGGAGCAAAGCCUGGUGCCUGGAGGCCUCCCUAGACCACAUGGAGGCCUCCCCAGACCUGGGCCAGUACUUGGGCCCGGAGGCCUCCCCAGACCACAUGGAGGCACAUCAGUCAGCAGCAUGGGGGAGUGUUGGACCUGGUUCUGCUGCUGAGUCUUUGGUUGUUGUUGUUGCUUUAAAAUAAAGGUUUUGUGUGGAAGCCUGGUCUGUUCCGCCCUUCUUUUGUUGGACUUCU